AGGUGUACAUUUGCUAUAAAAGCCACGGGGAUGUCACUACAAACUCAUCAGAGGAGUGACGAACCGUAAAAAAAGGACGGCGGUCGGUGCCGUUCUUGGUUUUCUUUUCUCUCCUACAGUGGGCGACAACCCUCGUCGGCGGCGGGAGACAUGCGGUUCAUUCUGACAAUAUUCUGCGGCCUCUUUGUUAUCUCCGCGCUUGGAGACCCGAUUAGAACAAAGAGAGAGCCUCCCAUAAGCUCGCAAUAUGGGCCGCCGCUGAACAAUCACGGACCACCGUCGACAUCGUACGGGGCGCCGUCCGAUUCUUAUAGCCCGCCAUCAAAGUCUUACGGUGCACCCUCCGACUCGUACGGCGCACCACCUCCGCCUCCGUCAUCGUCUUACGGCGCGCCAUCGUCAUCCUACGGUGCACCGUCCGCGCCAUCAUCAUCAUCGUAUGGUGCACCGUCUGUGCCUUCGUCGUCCUACGGCGCGCCGUCCGGCCCAUCUUCAUCUUACGGGGCACCUUCGCAGAGUUAUGGCCCACCGUCGUCUAGCUACGGCGCGCCAUCCGGUGGUGAUCACGGAUCCUUCGGCGGCGAUCACGGCACGGGAUCCCACGAUUUCGGCGGCGGCGGCGGCGGUCACGGCGGCGGCGGCGGCGGCGGUCACGGCGGAGGAUCUUACGACAGUGGUCACGGAGGAGGAGGAGGAGGAUCCUUUGACGGUGGCCACGGCGGAGGGUCCUUUGGCGGUGGCCAUGGCGGAGGGUCCUUUGACGGUGGCCACGGCGGAGGGUCCUAUGGCGGUGGCCACGGCGGAGGGUCCUUUGACGGUGGCCACGGUGGUGGAGGAGGCUCCUUUGACGGUGGCCACGGUGGAGGAGGCUCCUUUGACGGUGGCCACGGCGGAGGAUCCUAUGACGGCGGUCAUGGUGGAGGAGGAGGAGGAGGAUCCUUUGACAGUGGUUUCGGAGGUGGUUCGUUCGGUGAUCAUCACGGAUCGGGUGGUGAUGGCGGUGGCUUCGGAUCGUCGUCCGGCUCCUACGGGCCACCGCCACCACCUUCAGGAUCCUACGGGCCGCCGUCACCGCCUUCGGGAUCAUACGGCCCUCCGGCGCAUGAUCAACCGAAAGGCGUGUGGAAAAAGAAACUGGUAUGGAAACCCGAGUGGAAGCAAAUCUGGAAAACAGAGUCCAAGUUGAUUUGGAAGCAAGAGUGGAAGAAGGUGCAGGUGCCGGUUUGGAAGGAAAUUCAAGUGCCCGCUUGGAAGGAGGUCAAAGUGCCAGUAUGGAAAAAAGUCCAAAAACCCGUUUGGAAGGAGAUACAAGUGCCAGCCUGGAAAGAGGUUCAAGUACCGGCUUGGAAGAAGGUUUGGAAACCUGUAUGGAAGGAAGUCCAGGUGCCAGUGUGGAAGGAGAUCCAGGUACCCGACUGGAAGAAGAUUUGGGUGCCGGAAUGGAUCAAGAUUGGUAUACCUGGCGAACAAUACGUGGGCAAGGACCAUCAUGGUUGGCAAUAUACUAGUCACGAUCUCUGGAAGAAGAAGCUGAUCUGGAAGCCGGUCUGGAAGAAGAUCUGGAGGACCGAGAAGAAACAGAUCUGGGUGAGCGAGAAGAAAUUAGAAUGGAAAGCGGAAUGGAAGCAAAUUUGGAAGUCGGAAAAGAAACAAAUUUGGGUGACGGACAAGAAGCUGGUCUGGAAAGAAGAAUCGGUGCAAGUAUGGGUGCCUCAGAAGAAGCAGAUCUGGGUCACGCAGAAGAAGCAGGUGUGGAAAGACGAGUGGAAGAGCAAGUGGGUUCCGGUUUGGAAAGAUGUGCAGGUACCGGCUUGGAAGAAGGUUUGGAAGCCCGUCUGGGAGAAAGUUUGGGUGCCCAUUGAGUCCCAUCACGAUGAAGGUCAUCACGGCUACAAGUAAGAUCGUCGUCGUCGUCGUCGAGGGUCACGCUCGACCGACUUCGAUUUUCCUCCUUUGUCCAUUUCACGGCGCGCUCAUAGGCCCGAGAAGCGGAUUCUGGCGAAGAACUCAGCGCGUGCUACCAAGAAAGUUGUUCGAACUUUAUAAGAUUUGUGAUAAUUGAUUGCCCACAAAUGGACACGCAUCUCGGGAGGAAAGUCUUGGAGUAAAGUCGGGCCGAUAGACGUAUACUAGAAGGAGGGAAAGGCUUAUGGUUAACAGUUAGAAAGCAUCGCGACGAUGAGAUAUGCACCGGAGGAGUGGACGAGGAAAAUUUUUUAACGAUUAUCCUGGUGACAGCGCGUUCGCGUUGCAUAUCCUUUGACGGCCGACGAUUCUUUACGCAGAUUAUUCUAUAUCUAUCCGAAUAUUUGAUUGUCAGGAUAUCAUCGUGAUGGAUACGGUCAUGUUGUCUGCGAAUAUUAGCUAAAUAGAAUGUAGAGGGGCAAAAUCAAACAAAUCGUCGUUAGAAGAAUGUUUGUCAUAUUCGUUGAAAACUAGAGUUACAAUUUAUACGCGUCAUCUACAUCGAACGAAACGUUUAAUUCUUAAGAUUACAUAACGCUCAAUAUCUGUUGUAUCAUGAUAAUCUAAUCUUAAAUUUCACCGAAAUGAUUGAUAAGACGUCGAAAGCGUAACAUUUCUCUCUUAUUCAUUUUCCAGUAUAUAAUCGCCUAUAUUUGGGAUUAUAAAAUGUAUAUUAUUAGAUGAUUUAUCAAAACUCGGGAUGGACAUGUAUUCGUAAUUAUGCGUAAUUUAAUUCUCCAGUGUGUACAUAUCGUUUGAUUAUUUAGAUGCGUGCAUGUUAAUAUUUUUUUAUACGUUAAUAAAUAAUGCUUUAUAUGCCACGGCGUUAAUUAAAUAUUCCUCGCGUUUUUAUGUAUGAUUUCUUUCUUCGUUGUUUGUAAUGUGUCGAGAGUAAUUGACAUUCAGACAUGAGAAGACAGAAAUGUUACACAGAUGCGAGUUUGGGCACUAUGAGAGAGAGAGAGAAUUCAUAUUUGACUAAAUUACAGGCUUGAUGAAGUGAUAGUGAUUAAAUAGGCUCAGAAGCGCAAUUAAUUUCGAGCACUGAUUGACGUGGUGGUAAUAAAGAAGAAAAAGAGGGGAGGAAAGUGAGAAUGAAAUUUUUUUACGUUUGUAAAUAAAACAAUUUGUAUUUUUUCCCACA